AUGGAUGGUAUAUUCCAACCUUACACACAAAGUUACUACGGCUGCAUUUGUCAGAACUCACCAGAAUGUGUCACACAAUACCCCGUUAAUAGUAAUCCUAUGACCGCAGCUGGGUUCUAUAUACCAGAUUUCUAUUAUGGAUGUUAUAUUAUGGAAGCACUUCUUCUAUCUACUCUUGAAUGUUUUCAUGAUGAAAUAUGUGUAAAUCGAAUACAAUCAUAUAUAACAUAUACUUCACCAAUGAAUGUAACAAUUCUUGACUCAUCAUUAUCAAGUCAAUAUUUUGUUAAUUCAACAAUACAAGAUCUUGUCAAUAAUUUAAUGAUGGAACAAUGGAAUUCAUCUAUUACAUACGAGAACUAUUAUAAUCAAUGUCAACCAAAACAAUGUACAUAUACUUAUACAACAACGAAUAGUGCAAUUUCCAUUAUUACUAUACUAUUUGGAUUAGUUGGUGGUUUAGUGACUAUUUUAAGACUUGUUGUACCGCUAUUGGUGAAUUUUAUAGCAUGGAUUAUUAGACGACGAAGACAAAGAAUAAUUCCACAUAUAUCAACUAUUCAUAAUUAA